UGGGGGGGAAAUAGCAGUAAUUGUAGGAGAAUAACAUAAAAUCAUAAUCUGUUAAGAGCAUAAUGCUGUGAGGGGGAACAUCACAUUGGUAACAGCAACAAAAAACAAAGUUACAAGAACAAAUUAUGGAAAUAAAGUUUAUUCUGAAAGCGAAACUGAUAAAAGACCGUUGAAAUACUUGGAAAAAUGGAAAACAGCAGCAAAAAUGUAAAAAGGAGCAGUGGAUAAAACGUGUAAGAAAGAUGCAGGCUGCUUUUCCUUGCAGCAUAUUUGCAUGGCUUGCUGGAGCCUCCACGUGAGCUUACGUUGGAGCACAUGCGGCCUCCCUGCAGGCUCAUUGACCUCCAGAUGAGAUGUUUGACUGUAUCGUCUGCUACACUUGACUAAACAAGGGCUUUUUUCUCUCGGUGUUGGUGUGACUUGGUAAACCUAACCUCACCCGCCUACACACGCGAGUCGACGCUCGAGGAGCACACCUGAACAGGUCUGAUAAGUUUGUUGUUGCCGUGCACGUCACGGAAGGAGUGUCAGGCCAAGCAGAGUUUCCUCUAACGUUUAAAAGGAGGCACCAGAAGGAACGCAGGUUUUACUCGGGGUCGCGGUGGUGCACACCUCCAGUGGACUCGCAAUCAUCGAGGAGGAGCCGAGAGUCCUGCGGGGUUUGCGCUCGUGCUCCCCCCUCCUCAAAUAUAAAGCCCCCUUCCAUGCGGGAGGAGAUCCUGGAUCACACCUCGCAUGCGAGGAGGAGCUCCAAAGCCUGUCCUCGCACAUCCUCAGUGCAACGACGCUGUAUCUGAAAAGUACUUUUACGGUGAAAAGGUGCGUUCUUUGAUUUGAUUUACAGCAGCACGUAACUGCGGUGGCACUUUACCACUUGUGCGACAAAAAGGGGGCGAGUCCGCAACUUUGGCGGGCAGGGAGCGCGCACAUGGCCGCCCUCAUCAGCGCGUACUCGUCGUGGCCCGAGUCCUUCGACUGUCCCCCGGCGGACGGCGACGUGGCCGAUGGGCACGGCCCGCACAGGGGAGCCGGGGACAAGGCGCCGGAGCCCCGCAUCAGGCGGCCUAUGAACGCCUUCAUGGUGUGGGCCAAAGACGAGAGAAAACGGCUGGCCGUCCAGAACCCGGACUUGCACAACGCCGAGCUAAGCAAGAUGCUGGGCAAGUCCUGGAAGGCCCUAACCCCCCCUCAAAAGCGGCCCUACGUGGAGGAAGCCGAGCGUCUGCGCGUGCAGCACAUGCAGGACUACCCCAACUACAAGUACCGCCCCCGCCGCAAGAAGCAGCUCAAGCGCAUCUGCAAGCGUGUGGACCCCGGCUUCCUCCUGGGUGGCCUGGGGGGCCCCGACCAGAACUCCCUGCCCGAGCAGCGAGCCCUUUGCCGCCCCCUGGAGAAGGACGGGGGCAGCCCCGUGGGCGUCCGCAGCGGCUUCUCCAGUCCCAGCCCCGCUCUGCCCAGCGUGCGAAGCUUCCGAGACGCCACCGCUUCAAACACUUUUGACACCUACCCAUACGGCCUGCCCACCCCUCCGGAGAUGUCCCCCUUGGACGCUGUGGACCACGAGCACGUGCCCCCUUCUUAUUACCCCGGGGGCACCGCCAUCUCCUGUACAUCGUCAGCCUCACAUCCUGAGGAGCAACACCAGAAUCACAUGAGCAGCCCGCCGCCAUACCACGUGGACUACACUCAGACCCAAAUCCACUGUGGGGGUGCACACAUGCCCCACAUGGUCCCCACGGCCGGUGGCGGCAGCAGCACUGGACUGAUCCCGCCUUUGUCUUACUACAGUCCCUCCCCCUUCCCUCAGAUUCACCUCCACCAUCAAGGCCACCUAGGUCAGCUGUCCCCGCCCCCAGAGACACAGGCCCACCUGGAGACCCUGGACCAGCUGAGUCAAGCUGAACUUCUGGGCGAGGUGGACCGGAACGAGUUUGACCAGUACCUGAACUCCAACGGGGGCGGCGGCUUCCAUUCUGAGCAAGCUGCCAUUGCGGGACACAUCCAGGUGUCCUCCGCCUCCUCCGUCUCCCUGGCGUGUCCCAGUAGCGCCACAGAGACCAGUCUCAUCUCGGUGCUGGCCGACGCCACCGCCGCCUACUACAACAACUACGGCAUCUCGUGAGCGCCGCUCCGCCCACCAGGCUGCCGGACAACGGAGCAGAACCUGAGAGGAACACUCAAACGGGACGCCUCAGGGAUCUCUAGUAGGCCACCUGUACAUUUCAGAAGCACAGUGAAAGACUUGUAAAUGUCGAACCACUAAAGACGUGUACAGACGCUAAUUUAUGUCUUUUUUUGUUUAGAAGUUGGACAAUACUCUCUAUGAAAUGCUUAAUAAUAAUAAUAAUAUAUACAGUAUAUAUUAUACAUGAAAUAAUGGCUACAGUAUAAAAUGUAUGCUGAUUUACAAUUGUGGAUCAUUUAAAGCUGCAUUUUUUUCUUAGAAAUUUGAUUUUCCACAUUUUGGUGUCCUGUACAAAGCAAAAGAGUCCUCAAUAAAAGCAAAUAAUGCAAACGGUGCAAACACAUGUUGUCGUGCUGUACGCCCACCGCCCGCUAUCACGGUGGUGCUGCAGAGGAUUAGCCCGCCUCCGCCCUGCGACGUUGCUUUUGUGCCAUCCUUCAUGUACGCUCGUAUCUCGCUGAUGCAGACC